AUGUGGCGGGGCGGCUUGUCCAGCCUGCUUUCUUGCAUACCUCUUGCGGUCCGACGUCAACGCCCUGGGCUUUUUGCUCAUGGAUCACUAUUUUUGCCUGUGGAUUUGAGGCAGCCGUAUACACCACCAACAGAAAGGAAGAGGUUUUACCAGGACGUUAGCAUCUCCCAAGGCGAAGGAGGUUUUGAAAUCAACCUCGACCGUCGGAAGUUGAAAACCCCCCAGAACAAGACGUUUGUGGUGCCCAGUGAGACCUUGGCUCUGGCGGUGGCUACGGAGUGGGACUCCCAGCGGGACACGAUCAAGUCUUUCAGCAUGCACCUGACAACGUUGUGUAACACGGCUCUGGACAACCCAUCCCAGCGAAGCAAAGAGCAGCUCAUCAGGGCAGCUGUGAAGUUCUUGGAGACAGACACCAUCUGCUACCGGGUGGAGGAGCCGCCGGCGUUGGUGGAAUUGCAGAAGAAUGAAUGGGAUCCCGUCAUUAUGUGGGCGGAGAAAAGGUACGACGUAGUCAUCGGCUCUUCAACGAGCAUCUUGGGUCCCACCAUCCCACAAAGUACAAAAGACACCUUUGUCAGUCACUUGGCAUCAUACAACACCUGGGCUUUGCACGGCAUUGAAUACGUGAUCACCCAGCUGAAGUCGCUGAUUCUCUCCAUGGGCCUCCUGGAUAAACAGCUGACGGUGGAGCAAGCUGUCCUGCUGUCCCGCCUCGAGGAAGAAUACCAGAUCCGGCGCUGGGGGAGCGUGGAGUGGGCCCACGACUACGACGUCUACGAGCUGCGUGCCCGCACGGCCGCCGCCACCCUGUUUGUUCACCUGUGCUCGGAGAGUUCCACCAUCAAGCACAAGCUGAUGCAGGACUGAGGCGGGGGUGGGG